AUGAAGCCAGGCAGUCGCGUGAGGCCUGCAGCCCUGGUGGCAGCUCUGGUCCUCCUCCUCUGGGAAGCACGGAGUCCUGACCCAGAAGCAUUUGCCUGUGCAGGCAAGGAGAGAGCUGGUUGUGCAACUGAGACAGCGGAGGAUACGUCCGGAGUUGGUCGCCGCGGACUUAUGGCGGCCAUGCCAGCAGGGCUGGCUGCAGCCAGCCCUGCAGUUGCAGACGAUUCCAAGGUUGAAUGGAAAAAGCUGAGGGACAUCCAGUAUAUUGCAGCGCUGGCCAAUCCGACGGCCAGUUCUGGAGCAGGAGCAGAGCAGUGGGGCUUGUGGAGAAAAGAUCCAGGCCCUCGUGGUGUGCGGCUGUAUAAUUAUGACAAACUCAUGGCUCGUGGAGGCGUUGCCCCAGCGCAAUGGCAAUUUGACAAGAAUGACUGGUGGCUUGAGGAGCAUGGCUUGAUCAUGGAGAAGCCCGAGUUCCCAUUGCCUCCAGGAAAAUACUUGGUGACCGGUGACCGAGAAGUCACUACCACAUUGACAGUUUCAGAGAAGGAUGCAAGCGGGGCGCAGAAGUGGAGCCUUGGAAAGGGCACACUCUACGACGUGACCCACUUGCCUUGCAGGUCGGCGCGCUACACUCCUGCUGGUGGCACGUGCCAGCCCACAAACGAGUUGGAGUUGGAGUUUCCUGUCCGACCAGGUGCCGUGAUGCCGCCGCAAGCCGGUUGCAACAAACAAGACUAUGCUGUCCUUUUCGUUCUUGCCGUUGCUCCUUUCGAGGAUCUAGACUUUCCUGCCGAGUCGAAAUCCAUCUGUGGUCGUGAAGAGGAGUCAGCGCAAUCGCCGCAUGAACCUCCUCGAUGCCGUUGCGGUCAGACUUCCAAAAAGUCAGAGGUGCGCAAAGAUGGGCCAACAAAGGGACGGCCGUAUUGGCACUGCGAGAAACGUCGUUGCGGCUUCUUUGCUUGGGCCGACUCCGAAAAUCGGCGUCGCGAAAAGAUAUGGUGGCAACGCUUUCCGGAGUUCAUGGUCGUUAGUGACUUCGGUUUCCGAGCGGAGGACUUGCGGCAGGGUGGCGUUGGCGACUGCUGGUUCAUGUCCGCACUGGCCGUUGUGGCUGAGCGGCCGGACCUGAUCCUUCGGCUUUUUGGGGGCGAGACUGCCAGGAAUUCGGUCGGCUGCUACCAGGUGAACCUUUUCCUGGAUGGUGAGUGGAGAGCUGUCAACAUAGAUGAUCGCCUUCCCUGCACCGACCAGCAAAGGCGGCCAGAUGGAAGUGGAUUAGCUUUCAGCCGUGCAGACGGGCAGCAGCUAUGGACGCCUCUGCUUGAGAAAGCAUAUGCCAAGGCACAUGGCUCCUACAGAGCCAUCAGUGGCGGCGAGAUCGCCGAGGCUCUUUUGGAUCUCACCGGCUGUCCGACCGAGAGCAUUGACUUCGAUGAGCCUGGCUUUGAUCCACAGGAGCUCUGGGAGAGACUCGUAGACUUCAAGGCGAAGUCCUUCCCAAUGGGCUGCGCUACUGCCGGUAACCCCGAGCUACGGGAGGUCGGUCUUUGUGGCAACCAUGCUUACAGCAUCCUUGACGUGCGAGAGCUCUAUGACCAACGCUUCGUGGGCAAGGAGCUGGGGUACGGAGGAGCCCAGCAGGAUGGGCUGGUGCGCCUCCUUCGCAUACGAAAUCCGCACGGUAUGGGUGAGUGGAAUGGUGAGUGGAGUGACAGAUCCACUGAAUGGACUGACAGCCUCUCCAGUGCACUCGGAUGCACUGGUGUUGAUGAUGGCACAUUCUGGAUGGAUUAUACGCACUUCCUCAUGGGAUUCCAGGUUGUGGAUGUAUGUUUGGCCCAUCGUGGAUGGCACGCCGCCAGCUUUCCCAACGCCUUUUGCGCGAAGUCCUCCGGAAGCCGGAUAUGCAAGUACUUCUACGAGCUGCGCUGUGACACGGCUGCAACCCUUUACGCCAUGGCCCUGCAGCCGACGAAGCGAGGCUCCUGGUGCCGGGAAGAUCGCAAGAAGAGCUACAAACCAGGUGACAUCAGCUUGCUCGUGCUACGAAUUGGCACGGACCAGCAGUUCUCACAGGUGGUUGGAGGCAAUUUCUUCUGUGCUGACAUCAUGGCAAGACGAUGCGUGGAGGCUCGCUUGGAGAGCGGUCAGCGAUACUUGCUGGUCGCCUUCUCCUUCGGUGCAGGACCUGUUGCCCAUGGGGGAGAGGCGCGGACUUCCGCUCCGUUCAAGAUGCGGCUCUUCUCGUCGCAGCCACUAGGCGUGAAAGCUCUUGAGCCGGAGAAGAGGCCACAGCUAGCUGCAGCUGCGCUGACCGGCCUGCACGCCGCGUGCUUGACUCUGAAGUCAGUACCAGGCCGACGCUUCAGAAGGCUGGCGAGGCCUCUGUCAACAGGUCUGAGCUUAUUUCAGGUGACUGGUGAAGGUGCUGUCCUACUGUUACUGGCCAACGCCACAUCCUCUGACGUCACAGUGAAGAUCACUGCAGAGGUCAAAGUGAUGACCGCGCGCUGUUCAGAAGGUUUGCUAGCGGCUGCGCCCGGCCAAGAUCAAGACAAGAGUUCAGAGGUCACCUGCUUCAACUGCGGGAAGCCGGGCCAUAUCGCACGCGACUGCACUGGUCCCAGGCAGCGAGGAAUCAGAACGCCAUGGCGCUACCCUGCCAAGUGGCGACGGGUUUCGACAGCUUGCCGAGUUCCCUCAGCUAGUCAGCGGCUUGUUCUUGCGCUUGUUGGCAACGGGAUGCAGACCGAGAUUGGCGGUGUCGAGGUGCAGGUUGCGGACGGCAGUGAGGAUUGUCCAAUUGGCAAACGCAGAUCGCGCGGCCACAGGCAGCAGCAGCUCCAGAGCUACCUGCAGUCACCGUCCGCAGAAAAAGCGGAGCAGCCCCUGGAUGCCUUCGAGCCUCGAAAGCUAAUGCAAGGUCUGGUGGAGGAAGCGAUGGCAGCGCCAGUAGCUCCGGGCCAAAAGACGAUCGGCAGUGCUGUCGCAGAGGUGCUGGACUGGAUCUCCGAGGAGUCCCUUGCUCAAGCCGCCGCUGCAAGUCUCGAACAGAUGCGGAUGCAGGAGGAGCAGCAGCUUCAGCAGGCGUUGGCAGCUUCGAGAGGUGUUUCGGCGGUAGACAUACAGCCCGAGUCUGAAGACAGGUUGUUAGCUGCGGCCAUGGCUGCCUCUAAGGAGGCUCAGGUCAUCGAAACUUCUCGAAAAGAACUCCUUGCUGCAGAGGAAGCGGAGCUGCAGGCAGCCUUGCUUCUGUCUCGCGGGAUGCUCGCAGCACCGCAGCUUGUCGUGGACUCUUCUGAGGAGGAGACCUGCGAGGUGCCCCCGCUUCGCGAGACAAAGCGCCACAAGGCAGCCACCUGA